CCAUAUUCAUAGGUUUUAUAAACACGCCCCCUCCGUCCUGUCAGUCUCUCAAAUGAAACACCACUUUCCCUUUUUAACCCCUGCCAUCGUCCACUGCACACUCAUCGCCUUUAUUCUCAGAACAGCACACCUCGGACUUUUAACUCUUAAUUCUAUUUAACGGGCUUGUGUGUGCGUGUGAUCUUCUCUGGCCAGAUGGAGGACUACCAUAAACCGGACCAGCAGACGGUGCAGGCGCUCAGGAACAUCGCCACCCGGCUCCGAAUCAAUUCUAUUAAGGCGACCACUGCAGCGGGCAGCGGUCAUCCCACAUCAUGUUGCAGCGUAGCAGAGAUCAUGUCUGUGCUGUUCUUUCAUACCAUGAAGUACCGACCUGAAGACCCCCGUAACCCCAACAACGACCGCUUCAUCCUUUCCAAGGGCCAUGCAGCCCCCGUGCUGUACGCCGUGUGGGCGGAAACGGGUUACUUGAAGGAGAGUGAGCUCGUCAACCUCCGCAAGGUCGACUCCAUCCUGGAGGGACACCCUGUGCCGAAGCAGCAGUUUGUGGAUGUGGCCACUGGAUCUCUGGGUCAGGGGCUGGGAGCUGCCUGCGGAAUGGCCUACACUGGAAAAUACUUUGACAAGGCUAGCUAUCGGGUGUUCUGCCUGCUGGGUGAUGGAGAGCUGUCCGAGGGCUCAGUGUGGGAGGCCAUGGCCUUCGCCUCAUACUACCAACUAGACAACCUGGUGGCCAUUUUGGACAUCAACCGCCUGGGUCAGAGCGACCCGGCUCCACUCCAGCAUCAUGUGGAGAAGUACCAGCGCCGCUGUGAGGCCUUUGGGUGGCAUGCCAUCAUUGUGGAUGGCCACAGUGUGGAGGAGCUGUGUAAGGUGUUGAGUCAGCCCCGCCACCAGCCACUUGCCAUCAUCUCUAAGACUAUCAAGGGCAAAGGCAUCCCAGCGGCUGAGGAUAAAAUGGGCUGGCACGGGAAACCCCUGCCCAAAGACAUGGCCGACAGCGUGAUCAAGGAGAUGCAGAGCCGCAUCAUCAGCUGCAACAAGCGCCUGUAUCCUUCUCCGCCCACUGAGGAUGCAUCACCUGUCAGCCUCCGCAACAUCCGCAUGCCAAGUGCACCCAGCUACAAAACUGGAGAAAAGAUUGCUACAAGGAAGGCGUAUGGCAUGGCCCUGGCCAAGCUGGGUCGUUACAAUGACCAAGUGGUAGCUCUAGAUGGGGACACCAAAAACUCCACCUUCUCUGAGCUCUUUAAGAACGAACACCCUAACCGCUACGUGGAGUGCUACAUCGCAGAGCAGAACAUGGUGAGCGUGGCCAUAGGUUGUGCCGUGCGCGACCGUAACGUGGUGUUUGCCAGCACUUUCGCCACGUUCUUCAGCCGGGCCUACGACCAGCUCCGCAUGGCCAGCAUCUCUGAGAGCAACAUCAACCUCUGCGGCUCCCACUGCGGUGUCUCUAUCGGCGAGGAUGGGCCCUCUCAGAUGGGUCUGGAGGAUCUGGCCAUGUUUAGAGCCAUUCCCACGGCAACCAUCUUCUACCCUAGCGACGGUGUCUCCACUGAGAAAGCUGUGGAGCUUGCCGCCAACACAAAGGGUUUGUGUUUCAUCCGAACGAGCCGCCCAGAGAACAACAUCAUUUACAACUGUAACGAGGACUUCCAUGUUGGUCAGGCUAAGGUCGUGUUUAAAUCCAAUGACGACCAUGUGACUGUGAUUGGAGCAGGAGUGACCCUCCACGAGGCUCUGGCUGCUGCUGAACAGCUGAAGAAAGAAAGAAUUAACAUCCGUGUGAUUGACCCAUUCACCAUCAAACCCCUGGACUCCAAGACCAUCAUCGACAAUGCCAGGGCCACCAGAGGACGCAUCAUCACAGUGGAGGACCACUACUAUGAAGGUGGUCUAGGUGAGGCAGUGUGCUCGGCAGUAAUCAACGAGACCGGAUUCACCGUCCACCGCCUGGCAGUUUCCCAGGUGCCACGCAGCGGGAAGCCCCAAGAGCUGCUCCGCAUCUUUGGCAUCGACCGCGACGCCAUCACUCAGGCAGUCCGCAAGGUGCUCAGCAGCUCCGCCAACGCUAAGUAAGAACGCUGCAGCAGUGGCAGCAGCGGCAACAAUAUGGAAAAGGACUCCGUGGUUAACUGGGGAUUGCCACGGAGACAGCAAACAAAUAAACCAACACAGACGGAGGGGAAGACCUUCUAGCCCACUCAUGCUCUUGGUCUCAUUAAACAAAAAUAAUUUGUUUGGAAAAAAAAAACAUGUUUUUUCUCUGUCAUUUAUGUGGUUUUGACACCCAAGAUUUUUCCCCCAUUAGUUUGUGUAAACACACUCCUUCCCUUCACACACAUCCACACCUCAACCCUCUGAGCCCUUCCUACCUCCCAGAGAAAGUUCUGUUACUGCUGUAGUGUUUCAGUAAAAGCAGUGAAUGUGGUUUGGAGUAAAGUUAAGUCUUUUUAUAUUUUCUGUGGAACCCUUCUCACUUUUUCAGCACAGCGUUUCGUACGUGUUCACCCAGCACGGCUCUGUAAAUCCCACCCCACUAGAUCCAGCAGGGUUUGGUCUGUUUGAGCACUGACUGUUUUUGACCCUGACUUGGAUGGGACUGCUUGACAUCAAUAAAGGGAUGGUUUCUUCACAA